AUGGCAAGGGAAUCUGUCGCAGUAAAUAGUGGAAGAAAACUAAAGAAAAUAAAAGGGGAAAAUGAGCCUAAAAAGCCAACCACCGAAUAUUUCAUGUUUUUAAGAGACGAAAGAAAAAACCUACAGCAGGGCCUAUCGGUAAAAGAGCAGACGCAGAUACUCAGCAAAAAGUGGGCAGAGCUGACCCCAGAAGCAAAGAAGAAAUACUCCGAAGAGUAUGCUUCUGCGUUUGAAAAGUACAAAGCCGAGCUCGAGGAGUACAAAAAGACCGACGAGUACCAGGAGGUCCAGAAGCAGAAGAAAGAGCAGAAGAACUCCAAGGACGGAAAGGGAAAGAAGCAGCAGAUCAACAGAAAGCCCUCUGGAUACAACUUAUUUGUAAAAGAAGAAAGAGCAAAGAUGACGGUUGAAAGAGGAUCAGCCCCUGCGCUCUCCUUCAAAGAGAUCUCGCAGAUGAUAUCGAAGAAGUGGCAGUCUUUGAGCGAGAGCCAGAAAGAGGAGUACAAGACAAAAGCUGCAAGCGAGGAAGGCGAGAAAGACGCAGUGGAAAAUGUAGAGCCAUAA